UGCUUAACUCACAAUCACAGAUACGCCUCCAGCCAUGGCCAUUUGUUCCUGUAUAAAGAUGAUAUUUUCAGGAUGUCGGACAAGGUCAUUCCUGUUCGUGUGGCAGUACGCUGUCGGCCACUUAUACAAAAAGAGGAAAAUGAGGGUUGUCAAAAGUGUGUCCAAUUUACAAAGAAUGAACCACAGAUCAUCCUUGGAAAGAUGAAGGCAUUCACCUAUGACUAUGUAUUUAGUCCCUGUAAUAGUCAAUCAGAGGUGUAUGAAAUGUCGGUCCACCCUCUUAUUAAACAUAUUUUUAAAGGGUACAAUGCCACAGUGUUAGCGUACGGCCAAACAGGCAGUGGCAAGACCUUCUCCAUGGGAGGGUGUUACGAAGAGUCUCUAAAGGAAGAAGAAACAGCCAUGGGCAUCAUUCCACGUGUAUUAAAUGAAUUAUUUCAAGGAAUCCUAGCAAGACCUGAUUAUGAUUUCGUAACAAAAGUCUCCUACAUAGAGAUACACAAUGAAGACAUCAAUGAUCUGCUGCGUCCCCCAAACCGGAGGGAGCCCCUGUCUAUCAGAGAAGACACUGAGGGGGGAAUCAAGCUGCCAGGACUUCAGGAGGUGGUGGUGAAAUCCUACAAAGAGACCAUGCAGUGUUUGACCCGAGGUUCCCAAAGCAGGACGACCGGUUCUACGGCCAUGAACAACACAUCUAGUCGAUCACACGCCAUCUUCACCGUCACCAUUGAACAGAAGAAGCAGGAUGACAUGAAUGACUUCUGCAAGUCAAAGUUUUAUUUGGUUGACUUGGCUGGUUCAGAACGAGCCAAGAGGACCCAGGCAGAAGGGGAGAGGUUCAAGGAAGGCAUUAAUAUCAACCGCGGUCUGUUGGCCCUGGGUAAUGUCAUCAGUGCUCUCGGGGAGGAAGCAAGCAAGCGUAAUCAUAUUCCGUACAGGGAUUCCAAACUUACGCGGUUGUUACAAGAUUCACUGGGUGGAAACAGUCAUACUGUAAUGAUUGCUUGUGUAAGCCCUGCUGACUCAAACAUGGAGGAAACCCUCAAUACCCUACGGUAUGCCGACAGAGCACGGAAAAUCAAAAACAAACCAAUAGUCAACCGGGAUCCUCAGACAGAGGAAAUAAUGAGACUGAAAUCCCUGGUCCAGAAGUUACAGUUACAGUUAAUUGGAGGAGGUGCGACCUGUCCCGACUCAAUCUCAACCAUAAGUACCUGCAGUAGUACAACCAGUGUGGAAUCCUCAGCAGAAGAACUCCGAGCUGUCAUGGAAAAGAACAAACAUCUUGAGGAGGAGAACGGGAAGUUGGCAACAGAACUCACCCGAGCUGUCGACCAGAGCACCAACCUGUGUGAGAAAGCCAUCAGAAUGGAAAUGAAGUGUGAUAAACUGAAAUCACGUCUGCAGAACCUUAAAAAAGACACGGGACUGGAUCUGGAAGUCCUCAGCUCCAGCGUUGAUGUCGAGAGCAAUCCAGUUCUCAAAGAACAGCUUGAUAAACUGAAGAAUCUUGCUGAUAAGAUGCAAGCAGACUCGUCUGAGGAAGACAAGGACCUAGAAACAGAUGCUGUGUCAGAGGAGGAGGAAGAUGAGGACGAGGAGGGACAGGAAUCUACGCCAGGAACGCCCCAGAGCAGGGCUUUGUCUAACGAGUACGCUCUGCGGCAGGCCCGCAUGAAUCGUGAAUUGCUUGAACUCAAUAAACUAUUAGAGAAAAAGGAGCACUUAGCCUCGCAGAUGACCAGAAGUGAUGAACAUAUGGAUGUCAUGAAGAAGCAGUUUGAGAGUGCUUUAAAAGAUUUGGAAAUAGAAGUUUCUGUCCUACAAAAAGAAAAGGAUGAUAUGCAAUCGGCACUUGAUUCUGCCCGCGUUAACUCCAAUGUAAAUAAAGUUGCUGAACAGAGAAGGAAGCGACUUAAAGAACUUGAGCAGCAGAUCACUGACCUGAGGAAGAAAAUGAAUGAGCAAACAAGGCUGUUGAAGAUGAAAGAUUCCUCAGACAAGCAGGUGUCAAAAUUAAAUACAGAAAUACUGGACUUGAAGCAUCAUCGUGUUAAACUGAUGAAACUAAUGAAGGAGGAAUCAGAAACAUUCCGUAAAUGGAAACAAAAGAAAGACAAGGAGGUCCUGCAGCUCAUGCAGAAGGACAGGAAAAGACAAUGUGAGAUUGCAAAGCUACAAAGAGAAAACCAAAAACAGUCCAGUGUUCUCAAAAGAAAGUCGGAGGAGGCUGCAGCAGCCAACAAAAGGCUGAAGGAAGCACUAGCCAAACAGAAACAGGUUCUAGCUGAGCGCAGCUCCAAGUUACAGCAAUCUGACGCAUCCUCCAUUGGUAACCGAGUGCGGACCUGGCUGAGUCACGAGUUUGAGAUUCGUGUGAGCAUCCGAGAGGCCAAGUACCACCUGGAGAGCCUUCUCACUGACCGCAAAACUCUGACCGAACAACUCCGUCAACUUAAGGUGAAGAUAGGAGAGGAGCCACCCAAAAAGAAAUUUGCUUGGGAGAACUCUGACUGCUACAGAGUGGAGGGAAGUUUUGAGGAGGAGUCAACAAAGAAUCAAAUUCAAGUUGUUGAACAAGAAAUCAAUUUGAGGAAUGCCCAAAUCUCGGACCUCCAGCAGAAAAUAGUUGAUGCGGAUCAAAACUGUAAAGGAAAAGCAACAUGGGAAAGCCUUCACACGAUGACUGAGGCUAAAUGUGGGAUGAAGUGGCUGCUGGAACAGGCUGUAACAUCUCGAGUAGAUGUCAAUCGAGCACAAGGUGAACUCCGCGACUCGCAGAUCAACCACGUCGACAAGAAGGAGGAAAUAACGGCACUAGAGAAGACAGUCACAGCGCUCAAGAAAAAGCAUGAUGCCGCCAUGACGGAGCUUCAGAAGAAAAAUGAGGAAAAGGUACUUUACCUACUGCAGCGUGUGAAGAACACCGCUGGAGAUGGCGAUUCACAACAAACACUACAAAUCCAGCAACAAGAAAUAGAAAAGUUGAGCAAAUAUCAUGAGGACCUGUUGUUGAAGACAGAGGAAUGUGACAAUCUGAAAAAGCAACUGACAAAAGCUACCUACCAGAACAAAGCUCUUGCUUUAAUGCCGGACAUUGAAAACCCAGAAUCCUCUCCGUUCUUUUCUCCAGAAAUUAAGAAAAAAAAACGAUCUGUGGCCCAGCAACCAAAAACCAAAUCCACUGGAAGACUGCUCACCUAUGAGGAGCAUGCCCUGGACUGGGAGCAGGAUAACGAAGAUGAUUUGGCAAAAGACGACGACGAAAAUGACCCAGACUGGGUCAAAACACCAAUAUAUACAAGGAAUACAAGAAAACCGCGCAAGACAAUGAUACGAGAUUCAAGAAGGCAUUCUAUAGAAGAUUUACAAAAUGACCUCUGUAACAACAAAGACGUCUCCAAUGAAGCAACAUCAUUCUCGUCACUGAACAGUACAUAUAACCUGGAGGAGAACGCUGUGGCAUUGGCGCCCCCUGCAGCUGUUAAGUCUAAGAGAGGCAGACCGUCAAAACGCAUCCUAGACAAUAUUGUAAGCAACAAGAGUGUCAGGAGCUCGGACGAGUUCGAAUCUUUACCACAGAAAUCCCUCAGUGCAGACGACAGUGAAAACAGCACUUUGUCAAAAGGAGCAAAGCAGAAAAAACGAAAACUUCUCAGUACGAACAACAGUUUUUUCUCACCACUGGUGUGAAAAUUUCUGUUAGAGAAAUCUUCUGCUUCAAAGUACAUCAGGACAACCACCCACAAAAUUGUCCGACUACCUCUUUUGUGGUUUUGCUGCUUUUCAAUGCAAUGCUUUUGAAAGGCCUGCAUUAUUUCCAAGUAGUUUCUAUGUGGUCACAUUCUGUCCAAACAAAGAGAAUUUGUCUAGAUUAUGAGACAAACAUGCGAACACAGAAUGCGGGUAUUAUAUUGGAUCCUGGCGCGUUUGAAGUUCGGCUAAUGACUGUUUUGGAUACAUAUUUCACCUGUAAUCCUGAAUAAAUAAAUCUGGAAGCAAAUGUGGUGACACUCUCAUCACGUGACCUAAGACUUGUGUAUAGGGUUAUGGGCCCUGGUCGAUUUAUAGACUAAGGAACCUGCUUGACUGGGUAACCACGAAAACCACUUGAUUAAAGCUGUUUUCUUGUGAGUGUGUUAAUUGAAACCAUCCAGUCUCGUGUGAUCGGAGAACCUGGGAUGUACUGUCCUGGUGAUGUGACGAGGGCUUCCUGUUUCAAAAACCGACAAACAGGUUACCGAACGCAGUCACACAGGGAACAAGAUAUUCUAGUUUGUGCAAUAUCAUUAGAAAUAGCUCUGUAGUCAUGGAUUAGAUCUAGGAGGAUCUAAUAAAAAAGCAAAUAAAAAGAUCGGUAAACUUAAAGUUUAUAUCCAGUCAAGUGGCUCAUAGACGUGGAGCUUCACCUUAUUUCUGCAGUGUAAAAUAACUUAGUUGUCAAUUACUUAUUUUGGAAGGAUAUCAGUUUGAUUGAUAGCACAAUAUAUCAAGAUAUGCUGUUGUGAGUUAUUUUGAAUUACUGGGACAGAAAAGGUGGGAAAAUUUGGCUGUGUUUCUAUUGCGUGUGUGAAUAAAUACAUGUAAACAAGGUCGGUUGGUAGGUAUUUUUUACGCAUAUUUAAUAGAGCAGGGGAUGCUGACUUCAGUGGUGCUUGUUGAAAAUUGGAAUCCAAAGGUUUAAUAAAGGCCUAAACACUUCAAAGAAUAGUUGGAAGACCGGUAUUAUCUAAACAUGAUGUGUUUGUUUGUUUUUGGCCUAAAUUUACUUGGAACACUGAUUGUGGCAAUGUCUUCUGUGGAGAAAAAACUUGUGAUUAUCAUUAAUUUUUCUGUAGUAAAUAAUGUAUUCUUUUAUAUUUGUAUUGGUCUCUUCAAAUAAUUGGCCUGCUCUUCAUCUUAGUAUUUCUUCUAUCACCUCUGGGAGUGGGGGAAGCAAGCCUGAAAAUAAUGCCUCAUGACAUAUUAACAGGUGAUCAGAAAUUUUGUCAAAGAUCUUUAUUAACCUUUAAUCAAUUUACAUUGUACCUAUAUAUAUUAUAGGUGUACACAGCAUUAUCUCACAAAAUACACCACCGUACCUGUGAAAUGUUGUUAGAAUUAUCUCCCUUACUUUGUUUAAUAAGUGACAUUGAUAGAACUUUGUAAAAAAAAAAACAGUAUUUUUGUGUAUCUUUCAAAUGUGUGAUCAAUUAAUUCAGUGUAAAAUUAUUUAAAAAAAUACAUUUUAAAGGUUUCCUAGGACUGAAACCAUUCAAAAAAAAGAAUUUCAGCAUACAUUUCUUUUUGUUUUUUCUCUUCCUUUCUUUUCUAUUCUAUCACUUUUUACUUUCAUAUUUGUCCAUUGAAACAAGCUGUGUAUUUAUGAUAUUUCAUAAUUUUGUGUCCUCCUGUUGGUUUUUGUUGAUGUGCAUCAUUCCAUAAGAAGGAUAUCUGAGCUUGACAGCCAUUCUGUUAAAUAUGCAUGUUCCUUGUCUGCAGCAAUAUCUCCUAAAACAGGAAAUCUCUUGUAUAGAAAACAAUGUUGUAAAGCGUAGAGUGAAUAUAUGACUUUAGAAAGUGUAAAGGAAGAUUUUUAUAUUUGUAAACCUUGCCUCUAUGUCCAUUAAACUGUACAACCUUAUUUUUACAAUUUAAAUAGUCAUUUAUAAAUAUAGAAUAUCUUGAGAGAAACAAUGUAUUUCAAUUCCUAAACAAGUAUUUCCAUAAAAAUCAAAUUGAAUCAUGCUAUAAUUUGGAAGAUAAAUGUUGUAGUUGGUUAAGAAAUGAAUCCUGACAAAGUUAAUAAGUAGUUAACAAAUAGAUUGUAAAGCCUCAGUAUAUUAAACAAAAAAACAAAAAAACGAGCUGUAGUUGUUAAACCAUUUCAUUAGAUUUGAGGUAAAUUGGCUCCAUCGCGAGGAUCACAGGUCGUCAAGGUGCGGUGUGCAAUAACAAGAGGUGGACAAUACAUACGCAAAAAUAAAAGUGGUGAUACAAAUCCCUGCUAUCGAAGAAGUCCGUAGUUUAACAAAUUGUUUUUGAGAAAAAUAUCAUUAGCAUUUGACUAGUGAUGUUCAUAGAAAUUUAUCUUGAAUCAUUCACCUCAGAAUUGUCAUAAUGAACUAUUCCAACCUUUGAAUUGGAAGAGUUCAAAUGUGUUUUCGGGGACAAAUGAGUUAAAGCAUGUUUUGUGUUUAAAUUAAGAGUUUUCCUGAGGUGAUUCGGUGAGUACAUGAGCUGAAAAAUGUGAAGUUUGUUCAUUGUUCACACUAUAAAAAAGUGAAGAAAUAUUUCCAUUUCUUUCUCUUUGAUGUUAUUUAUCACUGAAAAUUACCUCACCAUCAAAAAUUGGUUAGAUGAGUUUCAUCAAUAAGCAAAAAUACUGCUACAUUGUCUUGAUAACAAUGUCAUGCAGUAUAUGAGAAUCUCUGUAGUGAUUUUUCGUUAAAUAUAUAUAUAUUUGGGUCUGUACAGAAGGAUUGAGACACACCAAUAUGUUUUCAUUGUCCUGUGUUGUAGUACUCGACUGAGUAUACAAAUGUAUAUAAUUACUGUAGAUAGGAAAAGGUGCUGACAAUUUUUAGCCUACAAUUGGAAAUAAAAUUUCUGAUUCGA